AUGAAGAAUCUGAAGCAUCCACACCUCAAACCCGGUGGGAAGUCGAAAGAAGGAGCAUCACUGUCAAAGAAGAAGCCUUCCAAGAGGUCGUUAAGCGCGGAUUCAGAGGAUUUGUCAUCUAAGGCUGAAAUCCACAGAGGCUCCGCCAAGUUGAAAAAGAAAAAAUCUGAAUCUAUUCCUCUUAUUGGCAUCCAAAAAUUGACAAAAAAGCAAAAGCAAAAACUGAAGAAGAAAACGGUGAUGAAAGGACCGACCGCAGAAACCUCUGUCGACAAUGCGGCGGGCUCUAUGGGCCAGGCGGAAACCAGUGGAGGUGCUGAAGAUGACAGCGACAAGAAGAAAAUGGGUGAGGGAAUCGCAGUGCUAAAUUUUCUGGACAUUGCAUCAAAUAAGAAGAAAAAGAAGAAGAAGAAGCAUUUAAAACUGGAGACUGCUUCUGAAGUCGAUCCAGAAGUGUCAAAUGCAACCGAACCUUCUCCAAGUCAAACGAAAGAGCGAGGGUCCCUCGAUGCAGGGAGUCCCAUGAAAAAGAAAAGCGAAAGAAGAAGUCAGAACACCAGAAAGCCGCUGCAACUGUUGAAGUCUCUGAGGAUAUCGAGAAAGAAGACACGAUCAUUCCCAAGAAGAAGAAAAAGAAGGUUCUCGAUCACUCCUCCAGUAAGGCAGAAUCCUACUGAGGGGUCACAUAAUAAGUCCACCCCUUGUUGUGUUCAAGAUAUUGAGAAAUUCAAAGAUAUCCUUGAGAAGCUUGCUGAUAUUCUUGACACUCAGGAGGCUCGAAAAUUAAUCAAUGAAGAAGUGAGCGCUGGACGAAUCGAACAAGGUGAAUUUCAUGACGGUCUUGCAGAAAUGGCGUCAACAGAAGCGAAAGAAGAUCCAAACUGCGCAAAGAGAGAAGGUAGUGGGAAUGGAAGGAACACUUGA